AUGAACCAUAAUGCACCACAAGAGAGCAACCAUUCACCUUCAACCAAUAUGCCAAAUAUAAUUCAGAAAGAGACCAGACAGGCCUGUGAGAACUGUAAAAAAGAACAACUGGAAUGUGAUUCUGUCGUACCCUGUUCAAGUUGUACUUUGCGAGGAAAUGCCAAUCACUGUUCGAUUAUUACCCAUAUCCCAAAGAGCACUGAAGCGAAAACUAGUAGCAUGCCAGCCAAACGAGGCUAUAAGUCACAUGUACCAAGUGCCUGUAUCAAUUGUAAAACAGCACAUUUAGCAUGUGAUGUGUCCCGGCCAUGUCAACGGUGUGUAACAUUAAAGAAGACCGAUACAUGUCAAGACAUGCAACAUAAGAAGCGUGGGCGACCCAAGCUUCGUGAAAAGAAAAUUUAUUCAUCCAACGAACAUACCUAUGAGAUCCUAUACGGGACAAUCCAAACUCCAUCCAUCACUUUGAAGAACCCAACCCGAAAUAUAGUUCCCAACAUUCAAGUACCUCCCUUUAAGACAAAGAUCUCUCCAUCUACUAAACCUCAAUCCGUCAUUUCAUUCAUCCACGAGCCCAUCGAGUCCUUUCAAUCCGAUGAUAAAUCUCCUCCACCUAUCGUCAACACUACCACAACUGCAAAUGCAACUGCAACAAGUGUACCCUUAACCUAUGAUAAUUUACUUUUAGAAUCCAUGAUACCACAGUUAACAGCUACUUCACAACCCAUACGAGAGCCACUACUAUUUGAUUACACCACAAACCUUUUUGAAACCACUCCUCUGUUACCAGUACCCCAAAAUAAUAAUAAUAAUACUACUACUAGUAGUAAUACUAUGACAGAUGCAAGUGAUCUCACCAUCAUCAUGUCUAUGGAGGUGUGUUGUGCAAAGGUAUCAGCUGAUACCAUCAAAUGCUGGGGAUACUAUCCACAAGAACUUGCACAUCGAUCCUUUUACGAUUUUAUUUCACCCAAAGAUAUAGAUCGGUUGGCACGACUACAUCGACUUUUACUAGACAAUGUGAUGGAUACAAUGACAGGUGAUGCGACCUUACCAGCAACAGAAAGGAGCACAUCCACCUUAUUCAGCACCACAGAUUAUAGUGUAUUAAAUACUGUAGCUAAUGGAUCCAGAUCCUUUUCAGAUUCGAUACAUAUUAAGAAACGAUCUGGUGAGUAUGAAUUAUACAAGGUGGUAGUAUAUAUUGGAGGUGGAUUAGGGGCCAAUUUGUAUGAUAUUACUAGUUUUUCCAAACAGUAUAUUGUAGCACAGUUUCGAAAGCAUGAGUAUGAGGUGGUGUCUACCUCACCACCUUCGGAAGAUUUAUUCAAGACAAAUGAAAUAUAUAAUAAUAUGGAACCUAUUGCGGUAUUUUCACCACUGACACCGUUAUCACCCAUAUCACCUAGUCAUAAUCAGUUGGCUAACUUCAACAAGAGUGAACCCAAAAGCUUUAAAGACAGCUCAUUGUUAAAUGCACGGAAAUUCUCACAGUCAUCUAUUAUACCAGCUUCCCCCAAAUUCAAUAUAGCACCUGUCACGAAUCAUCCCAAGGGGACCAACAAUCUAUCAUUUCAGCAUAACAAACAUUUCAGUAAUAUUUUACAACAGCGAUUUUCCCCUUCAUCUACACCGCCUACUUCCAUGAGGUUAAGGUCGACUGAUAGUGUGACUCAUCCAACCCAGCAAUACUUUUUACAGACUUCCAGUAGUACAUUGAAUGCUGCUGCAUCGGCUGUCAAUGGAACUUCAAGGCUGAAUAAAUCAGGCCCAUUACGAACAGAAGGUGUGGAUACAAACAGAAAAAUGGAAAUGAGCAUCCGAUCCUUACUCUGCUAA